GAAACAUCUGACUGCAGAUAUCAGACACCACUAAGACACCCGGCAGAAUUUCCAGCAAAGACAAACUUCCUGAAACAUGACGACACUGUCUGCCAGCGCCGGCUUGAACAAGACGGUUCGCCAGCAUUACAUGAGUCUUCCGCAGGGAGACAAAUGUCAGGUGACUUACAUCUGGAUCGGACAAAAUGGAGAGGAACUUCGUGGGAAAACCCGAACCCUGGAAACUGAACCAAAAAGUAUUGAUGAAAUCCCUGAAUGGAACUUUUGUACGGCACACAGAUUAUCGCUGGUCCAAGUAUGCUACAAUGAAUUGUUCCUCAUACCAGUGUGCAUGUUCAGAGAUCCAUUUACUCUUGACCCAAACAAGCUGGUUCUCUGUGAAGUUCUCAAGAACGGUCGCCUUCCUGCAGAAACGAACCAUCGAAUGAGCUGCAAGAAAGUGAUGGACCAGGUUAAAGAGCACCAGAUCUGGUUUGGCAUGGAACAGGAAUACACACUCUUAGGAAUGGAUAAACAUCCGUUUGGUUGGCCUCAAUGGGGAUUCCCAGCACCACAAGGUCACUACAACAGUGGAGUGGGGGCAGACAGAGCUAUUGGACGAGACAUUAUGGAGUGUCACUACAAGGCAUGUCUGUAUGCGGGGAUCAAAAUCUGUGGAACCAAUUCUGAAACUAUGCCAUCCCAAUGGGAGUUCCAAGUGGGUCCCUGCGAGGGUAUUGAGAUGGGAGAUCAUAUGUGGGUUGCACGCUUCUUGUUGCACCGUGUGUGUGAAGAUUUUGGGGUCCUUGCAACACUGGACCCCAAACCAGUGAAGGGAAAUUGGAGCGGUUCUGGUGGACACAUGAAUGUCAGCACCAAGCAGAUGAGGGAAGAAGGAGGACUGCAAUACAUUGAGCAGGCUAUUGAGAAGCUGAGCAAAAGACACAAGGAGCACAUCAAAGUGUAUGACCCACAUGGAGGUCAGGAUAACAUGAGACGUCUUACAGGUGAAAAUGAGACUGCUAGUAUCAACGAAUUCACUGCUGGAGUCGCUGACCGAGCAGUCAGCGUCCGCAUUCCUCUCCAAGUGAGUCUUGACAAGAAAGGCUACUUCGAAGACCGCCGCCCUGCAGCAAACUGUGAUCCAUAUCUUGUGACCAAAGCCAUAGCAAGUACCUGUCUGCUUGAUGAUGUGGAGCAAACCAAUGGCACUUGAUGAGUUGGCAAGUCUGAGCCUAUUGAGAAUGGUAUUGGUAAUGGUAAUAGUUUUAUUUUACAUGCAUACAAGGUUACAUUGAAAUACAGUUCAUGUUUACAGUUUACAUAUUCAAAAAGGAGUAGGAAGAAGCAGAGUUUGGUUAAUCCUACCCCGUUUUAAUAUCACAAAUCAUUUGUUGUGUUCAAUGGACAGUGGUGCCCUGGUUAACAUCGUUAAUCUGUUGCAGAAGGUCUGACUCUAACCAAAGCGGACUCUAACCAAAGCAAAAUUUCCUGUAGAAAAUAAUGAAAUAAUGACACGCAAAGAUGAUAACACAAAACCCAUUUAAUAUAUCAACUUUUCAUUGCACAGCGCAACUCUUGUACUUACUUACCAAAUGAAAUCGAAGUCACAGCCUUGCCUUUAGCCUGAUUGUUGAAU